AUGGUCGACGUUGUCUCAAUCAUCAUCGCCGUUGUUUCUCUGCUUGGCUCACUCGUGGCAGCAGGAUUCACAGGAUGGAUCUCAUACUAUUUGGACCAGGCCAAACAGCGCAAAGCCACUAAGGCUCUAAUCCACAAAUAUCGAGACCCUCUAACACUCGCCGCAUGGGAUCUCCAAUCUCGAAUCUGGGGCCUCGUUAAUAAGUUGCUUGACUAUUAUGAGGAUGAAGAAAAGAAGGAAAAUAUAUAUGUUUACACCGCCUUUUUGAUUGGGCAAUAUCUUUCGUGGACAUAUAUUUUACGUCGACAAGCACAAUUCAUGCAGUUUUCGACGGAAAAAACAAACCAGCAACUCAGUCAGAUCCUGGACGCUAUUACGGAACAGUUGAGCCUGGACAGAAACUUGGGCGAGGACCCGUUCAUGCUUUGGCGCGGACAGCAGAUGGCCAUCGGAGAGUUGAUGACUCUGCAAGAAGAGGAAGGACAGCUCUACUGCAUGGGAUUUGCAGCAUUCUCACAAAAAUACCAUAAUGACCCCGUGUUUAAAGGUUGGUUUCUACCAAUCGAAAGGGGUGUCAAUCUGCUUGUACAUGCGCGUCAACGAAAGGAUCAUGUCGCGACUUUCAGAUUGCGUCGCCUGCAGCAUCUCCUGAUUGAUUUGGUUCUUCUUCUGGAUUUUCAUCGUGCGACAAGUGGGCCCAAUAAACAAUUGAAGGUGGAUGCCGCUGCAUAUGAGUGCAAAUGCGACAACUGUCCCGGGACCACCGUGGCGCCUCCGACUGAGAAGCUGUCAGUAUAA